AUGGCGGAAAAAUCAAACCUUGAAGCCAGUAGAAGAAGAAGCAAUAUUGAAAGCAUGAGAUGCCCACACUGCGCCGGCCCCCUUUCCAAAGAGAUGGAGACCAGUGAGUGGACUGUUCCGCCGCUAAUUAGGGAUAGCUUUUCUAUGAUAGGAUCGGCUGUUGGUGGCACUGCGGGGGCCUUUUAUGGCUUCAACCAUGCCAUGCCAAUUGUUCAGAAGUGGAUCAAAGGACCUAUGUGGUUGCAUUUUCUCAUUGGUGCCCCACCUGUGAUUGUCUUCUCUUCAGGUUGUGCUGGGUUGGCAGGUGGUGCCAUUCCAGCCCUAGCUCAACUUGCAUUGUCAUCUUAUCAUGCGGCAAUGGCAUCUUCAAGAUCGCCACCUUCAUCGUCGUAG